AGAUAAGAACUGUAAAGUGUUAAUUACAAUUCAGUAUUCACUAUUCAGUGACUAAAACAACUCGCAGCCGCUUCAAACACAAGUCGGUCACUAAAAGAAAUUUUCAAUUGUAAUUUGUAUAACUACUGUGCAAAAAUAAAAUAACAUGGAAUCUGUGGCUAUACCUACACGGGCGUUUGUUAACGGUUCUUUCUUGCAGAAAUUCACCGACAAGGCUGUAACAUUAAUCGGAAACGUGUUGAAGGUGAGUCCCGAUGGUAAAACCUUAACAAUGCAAACAACAGACGACCAAGUGGUGACCGUUAAUUUUCAUGAACCAAUUGACAGUGCUCUAGACGGAUGGGUAGAAGUGCAUGGUUUGGCCAAAGAUAAAGGAACUGUAGCCGGAGAAAGUUACUACAACUUACCAUCAUCAAUAACUGAUGAUUUUGAGAAACCACAAUUUAAUGAAGCAGUUUCACUAAUAUACAGCCUAUCAAACCCCUUGAAGCAAUGAAGAGAAAUGAAUCGUUGAUUCAGACUUUAAUAAUAAUUUUUUUUGUAUUUAAGUACUGAUACUCUUUAUUGUCUUAAUAAUUAUUUUCUAAGAAAGAUAAUUACUUCUUCAUUUUUUUAAAAUAUAUUAUGUCACGAUAUCUAA